AUGAACGAGGCCAACAAAGAGCAGGCGGAAAAGUGCCUGGAGGUGGCAGAGGCAGCGCUGAAGGCGGGAGACACGGCGAAAGCAGAGCGAUUCGCCGGCAAGGCACUGAAGCUCUUCCCACAAGACAAGGCGCGGCUGCUGCUUGCACGCAUCAAGCGGGCUGCGGGCGCCACCCCCAGCAGCAGCACCGGCGGCGGCGCAUCAGCAGCAACCAACGGCCACCACCAUGGGGCAUGCCCCACGGGCAUGGGCACGGGGCCCAACCUGCGCCAACGCCAGCACGCUUCUACGGCGACAUCAGGCGCACGGGCCAGCAGCAGCAGCCGGCAUGAGCCGCCAGACGAGGACCACAAGGCCACGCCCGAGCAGCGGGAGCUGGUGCGGCGCAUCCGGGGCACGACAGAGUAUUAUGAGGUGCUGCAGAUAGAGCGUACCGCCUCGGACGACGACAUCAAGAAAGCGUACCGCCGCCUAGCCCUCAAGCUGCACCCCGACAAGAACAAGGCGCGGGGCGCGGACGAGGCGUUCAAGGCCGUCUCCAAGGCCUUCACCUGUCUCAGCGACCCCGCCAAGCGCCGCCACUACGACGCGCACGGGCGCGAGGAGGGAGCAGCGGUGGGCGGGGCCGGCGGCGGCGGCGGCGGCUUCCGCGGCGGCGGCGGCGGCAUGGGGGACAUUGACCCGGAGGAGCUGUUCAACAUGUUCUUUGGCGGCAACCCCUUCAUGGGCGGCCGCGUGUACACCGCCAACUUCGGCGGGCAGGCGUACCGCCAGGCGCACGCGCGGCGGCAUCAGCAGGCGGCGGGCCGCGGCCAGGCGCCCACCGAGGCAAACCCACUGAUGCAGCUGAUGCAGCUGCUGCCGCUGCUGCUGCUGCUCAUGUUCACCUUCUUCUCGAGCCGCUCCCAGCCCGUGUACAGCCUGCAGCCGACCCGGGAGUACCGCCAGCAGUACGCCACCGCCACCUACGAGGUGCCCUUCUAUGUCAAGGACGCCCAGCAGCUGCGCAGCAAGUACCCGCCUGGCAGCCGAGAGCGGGUGCGGCUGGAGCACCAGAUAGAGUCUGAGUAUCGCGGCUCGCUGCAGCAGCAGUGCUACAAUGAGCGCAUGCUGCAGGCAAGAGGCUGCCGCCUGCCUGCUUGGCUUACGGAUUGUCUGCCUAACAGUCAACGCUAUCACUACUAUGGGCGGCGGGAGGAGGCUCGGCACAUGGAGCUCAAGUCGUGCGAUGAGCUCAGCCGCCGCUUUGCCAGCCGCUCGGCCAGCGGCCUGCGGUGA